GGAUUGACAGCCAACCAGGACCGCUUCUAGUUUAGCUAGUUUACUACGUGCUCUUUAUUUAUUUUAUUUUAUUUAUUGAGUGCUCAACCAAAGGAAGCUAGCGUGUGUACUGUUGCUUUUUUGUUGUUGUUGGUAUGCGAACAAACAUAGAUACCUUUUUCAAAAUCGAAAGAUCAACUGUGCCCAAAGUAGCUAAACGACUGGUGAGGAGUGAGUGGGUGUGAGAGACAGAAGGAGAGAGCGAGAAGGAGUGGUCGUCAUGGCAGCUGAAGCGCAGAGACAACGUUCUCUGUCUACGUCAGGAGACUCGCUCUACCUGGUCCUGGGGAUCAACAAGAACGCCACACCAGAGGACAUCAAGAAGUCCUACAGGAAACUGGCCCUGAAGUUCCACCCAGACAAGAAUCCAGACAACCCCGAGGCUGCUGAUAAGUUUAAGGAAAUCAAUAACGCCCACGCCAUCCUCAACGACUGUACCAAGAGGAACAUCUAUGAUAAGUACGGAUCCCUGGGACUCUACGUGGCCGAGCAGUUUGGAGAGGAGAACGUCAACACCUACUUUGUCCUCUCCUCCUGGUGGGCUAAGGGCCUGUUCAUCUUCUGUGGCUUGGCGACUGGCUGCUACUUCUGCUGCUGUCUGUGCUGCUGCUGUAACUGCUGCUGUGGGAAGUGUAAACCGCGGCCGCCCAUGGACCAGGAACCAGAGUUCUACGUCUCCCCUGAAGACCUGGAGGCACAGAUGCAGCCUGACGAGAGAGACGUUGGUGGUGAUCCCAUCAUGGUGCAGCCGUCCGGAACAGAGUCCACCAGGCUGACGUCAGACAGCCACUCCAGCUACCGGACCGACACCGGAUACAACUAAACACCCCCCCCCCCCUACACCCCACGCCCUUCAAGACUCGGUCCUGCCCGAGAGAAGGUUUCUUUGGCUGCCACUUGAAAUAUUAGCCUGAUAUUAUCAUCAAAACCCCAUUUCACUCUGACAAACACAAGUAUAAUUCCCACCAUCACCUAUAUCCACCGGCCCCUCCGUCUCCUUCCCAGCCACCGGCCCCUCCGUCUCCUAUAUCCACCGGCCUCUCCGUCUCCUAUAUCCACCGGCCUCUCCGUCUCCUCCCCAGCCUCUCUGUCUCCUCCCCAGCCUCUCUGUCUCCUCCCCAGCCUCUCCGUCUCCUCCCCAGCCUCUCUGUCUCCUCCCCAGCCUCUCCGUCUCCUCCCCGGCCUCUCCGUCUCCUCCCCAGCCUCUGUCUCCUCUCCGGCCUCUCCGUCUCCUCCCCAGCCUCUCCGUCUCCUCCCCGGCCUCUCCGUCUCCUCCCCGGCCUCUCCGUCUCCUCCCCGGCCUCUCCGUCUCCUCCCGGCCUCUCCGUCUCCUCCCCGGCCUCUCUGUCUCCUCCCCAGCCUCUCUGUCUCCUCCCCAGCCUCUCCUCCCCAGCCUCUCUGUCUCCUCCCCAGCCUCUCCUCCCCAGCCUCUCCUCCCCGGCCUCUCCGUCUCCUCCCCAGCCUCUCCGUCUCCUCCCCAGCCUCUCCGUCUCCUCCGUCUCCUCCCCAGCCUCUCCGUCUCCUCCCCAGCCUCUCCGUCUCCUCUCUAUCCACCAGAGAGGGGGAGUCUUAUGCCACCAUGCUCUGAUAGUAUUUCCUGAGCUAGGACUUUAACUGGGUCAUUCUCUGUGGGGAGAGGAGUGUAGGGUGACCUGGACAUGCAUUAAUGGACAUGACGUCGGCUUCCACAUUGUGUGUGUGCGUAUAUAUACUGAACAAAAAUAUAAAUGCAACAUGAUUUUUCUGAAUAACAGUUCAUAUGAGGAAAUCAGUGAAUUGAAAUAAAUUCAUUAGGCCCUAAUCUAUUGAUUUCACAUGACUGGGAAUACAGAUGUGUCCCAGGAGCUUGUCACAGUAUUUCUCUACAUUCAAAUUGGCAUCGAUAAAAUGCAAUUGUGUUCGUUGUCCGUAAACUUAUACCUGCCCCAUACCAUAACCCCACCUCCACCGUGGGGCCCUCUGUUCACAACGUUGACAUCAGUAAACACCAUACCGUAACCCCACCUCCACCGUGGGGCCCUCUGUUCACAACGUUGACAUCAGUAAACACCAUACCGUAACCCCACCUCCACCGUGGGGCCCUCUGUUCACAACGUUGACAUCAGUAAACCACUCACCCACACAACACCAUACAUGGGGUCUGCACGUUUUAGAGUGGAUUUGUAUUGUCUCCCAGCACAAGGUACACCUGUGUAAUGAUCAUGCUAUUUAAUCAGCUUCUUGAUAUGCCACACCUGUCAGGUGGAUGGAUUAUCUUGGCAAAGGAGAAAUGCUCACUAACAGGGAUGUAAACAAAUUUGUGAACCAAAUUUGAGAGAAAUAAGCUUUUAUUUUUGCGCAUGGAAAAUGUCUGGGAUCUUCUAUUUCAGCUCAUGAAACAUGGAACCAACAUUUUACAUGUUGCCUUUUUUAAAAUAUUUUUUGUUUAGUAUAUAUUGUACGAGUUUAGACUGUGUAGAGACCAUAACUAACAAUCGUAUUUCGUUAACACUGGGUCCCCCUGUCCAUCAGUGACUCGAUCAACUUCACUUUUACAUUUUAGAGAAGUGGUGGGCCUGAUAUUCUUCCUGAGUUCUGAGCCAUGUUCUACCAUUCAGUUUGGACCGCUGUAGGUGUUUCGACACGGUCCUCGGGCAGCGACGACUUGCCACGGUUCGUAGGUCCACAGCUGCCAUGUCAACCGGUUAUCUUAUACGGAAACACACACACAAACGUUUCAAAAGAACGUUGAUUAGUUUAUCGUUGUGUACUGUAGACCGUGCGAACCAUUGCCUCCCUAACCAUGUACUGAUAAAAGGCACAUGGUAUUCUGCUUAUGGACUAAACACUUGCGCUGCUUACAGACUCUUGGUUUUCUUUGUUGUGUUUUUCCUAGAAUUUUUGUUGGUAGUUUCCAUAAGACUAUUAGUGAAAUAUGAGAAGCAUGUGACUGGAUAGAAAGGGAGCAGGGGACCACACUAUGAAAGAUGUGUGUGUUUUAAUGAAGGGUAGACUCUGAUUACACCUAGACCUACCUAGACUGUUACCGUGGAUACGGUAUAGCAGGGUUCUGACUCUGAUUACACCUAGACCUACCUAGACUGUUACCGUGGAUACGGUAUAGCAGGGUUCUGACACUGAUU